AUGAUGAGCGAAGAGGAAGCCGGCGAUUUAUUGGUCUCCUUAGAAGAAACGUUGAAAUCUCAAAAUUCGGAGGACACAAAAGAGGUCAACGAUACAUUGGAUUUCUACGACACUAUGUCUGAAACGGAAUGGAAAAGUGCAAGACUUUCAUCAAGCCACAGUGACGAAUUGGGAAGUCUGAACGACACACUGAGGGUCCAGCAAUUGGAAGAAGAGCAGGAGCGCCUCAACAAUUCAUUAUUCUCUCUUAGUUCUCAUUUCGCUCAAGUGCAAUUCCGAAUCAAACAGAUGAACGAAGCGAAUCCAGAAGAUAGAGAGCGAAUGCUCAAAGAAUUACAAGAAUUUGCGUUCAAAGGUUGCGCCGAUAUGCACGAAUUGAAAAGAAUGCGAAGCGAGAGUGAGGGUGGAAGCGACGUUUUAGAGAAACAGAGAGAGAGACAAAAUGAAUUGUUGAAACAAUUGAGAGAGCAGGUUGAAGAUUUGGAGAGGAUUGCUUACGAAAAUGGCGAGGGAAACAUGCCAAGCACAUUGAUCCUUCAGAAGCAGAAAGCCGUUUUGGACAAGUUGCGUGAGAAAGUAGAAUUAAAUCUCGACAUGGAUAAAAUGUCGCAAGCAGAAAUUCAAAAACACGUUGAUGAAGCUUUGAAACAAAUGCUCAACCCUUUUAAAGAGCAAGAGCAGCUUGUUGAUCAACUCCAGACUCAAAUUAUUGAUUUGGAACGAUUUGUAAAUUUUUUGCAAAAAGAAAGUAGUGAGAGUUCUAGUCAAAGCACUCCGGUUAGAUCAUUCGGAUCAUCUCUGAUUGCUGCUGCAAAACCAAAACAAGUUAAUAGUAUAUUCGGUUUGAUGGGAUGCUCUGCUGGAAGGUUCCAGAAAAAUCAAUUGAAAGCAUCAUUGAAAGGAAAUCAUUAUGGAGACGAAAGGGCCCAUUUACAAUUGGCGGUCGACGCAACUCAACAAGUUUUGGAAAAAUAUACGCUUCUCUCCGUUGAUAAUAGCGUUAAAGAAGAGCCUUGUGAGAUUGAAGUUGAAAAUGAUGAUGUUUUCGAAAGAUCCGAAGAAGAAGUUGUUAGUGUUGUACGCAAACAGCUUUGUCCUGCACUUAAAGCAUUACUAGAGCAUGGAAUGCUCCAGGAAACCGUCGUAAACAGAAGAAUUCCGGGCUUUGGUUGCUUUAUUGGCAAACCCGAGAACAAUAAUUUUGACAAACCAACAAAACUUGGCCACAUUUGGGAUGUUAUUAUGUUUUUCUACACUAUUAAAAGUGGUAUAGACACCACAGAUGCCCCAGUAAGAAAGCUAAGUCAGUCGUUCAAGUUGGAAAGUGUUGGUGGAAAAAGCAUUACGUCUAAACAGAUUCUUUUAACAACAAUCGAAAACAUUGUUUCAACGCAUGCAAAAUUGAGGCGAUCCAAAGAUGCGCAUUGGAAGGCGUUUGUUUCAGCUGCAAUGAAUGAGAAGAAGCUUCCAGCUUGGUUGAGAAUAAUUUUCCGCACAAGGCAAGUUGUAGAAAUGUGUUACAAUUCUUGGAGUUAUGUUGCCCGAACAGGGUGUGAGGAACUUUACACGUUUCUGGAAGGUCUUCACAAGUACAACGUUCAUCUUCCUAUAACAUCAAUUGCCGGCACGAUCACUAAUUUGUUCAUCGGUACAUCUCUUGGAUUUGUAUACAACGCCAGCAAAGACAAUGUUUCCGAUGGUGAAUUUCGUUACACUGGAGUUGUUCGAGUUUCCAAUGCUCCGGUCACGCAAAUAGAGCAUCUUUCCGCUCUUGAGUUGUUGAUGGUUAUCAGUGGAACAACACUUUCGGAAAUUAGUCUCAAUCUUGCUACUUUCUUUGAGAACGAAUUCGCGUUAUUCUCCUCUGGCCUUGCAAUGAUUGUGAAUUGUGAGGGUAUCAGUACAAAACCUCCUCUGCUGUUCGAUGAUUCUACAAUUCUGUCGUCAUGUUAUAGAUCACCAAACAUUUUCCUUCUUUGCAAACAAAGCCUUACUAGCUUUGGAAUCGACGAUGUUGUAAUGGAUGAGAUGCUUCCGAAUAGCUGCGAUCUAAACGUCAUUGCCAAUAUUGAAGGAGAGAUUUUGGUAUGCAACGCGAAUGAAGUGUUUAUGUUGGCGCAAGCGAGUUUCAAGAGCCGUGUUGAUCGCUUAAUUGCGAAAGGACAACUCGAAAAGGCGCUCAAAGAAUGCGAAGUCGAGUAUCAGAAAGUGCCAGAGGACAAUAUUAUUGAGCUUGUCCGCGAAAUAAAACAAAAAUUGGCAUUCAAAAUGAUUGACGAACAAGAUUGGAACAAUGCCUAUCAAUACUUAAUGAGUGGUUUGGUCAACCCAUUGCAGGUUGUUGAAAAAUAUGAAAAGGAUGGUCUUCAAAACCUUGAGUUCUUGGAACUCUACCUUUCCGACGUCCAGAAACUGCCGUUUGUUGAUGCUGCAAUAAAAAAGAAAAUUGACGAAACUCGCAUAAAACAUUCAAUUUUCAUCGAAAUGGAAAAAUGGACUCCUGGCAAUCAUUUGACAAUGGCCAACAUUUUAAAGGAACAGAAAGGGAGUGCCGAAAAAAUUGCAAUGCAUUUGAUGGCGGCUCAUCAAACUGAUGAGGCUAUGCGUGUCUGGGAGACAAUUCCAAACUUUGAUCCGGAAGAGGCGAUAUCUACGCUGAAGUUUAUCGAUGAAAAGGCCGAGAGAGUUAAACUUUUGAAAUGGUUUCUCGACCACAAAUGGGAAUCAUAUGUUUUUCAGUAUUUGAAAUUUUCUGAUUUCACACCUCUUGAACAAGCUGCAAUUUUUGAAAAAUCUCCUUGUGACAGCACUUACGAGUCCUGGCUCAAAGACAAUUACCAUUUGCCUGAAAUUUUGCCAAAAUAUGUUUCUUUCCUUUGUGAGAGAACGUUGCAAACUGGCUCCGAAGGCCGACGGGAACUGCGUCAUGUUUUACUCAAUUUUGUUGGAAAAUGUCAGAAAAUCGACGAUGAAGUGAAGCGUAAUUUGAACGUGAACGGUUUCACAAUGGAGACGCGCAUUAUUGAGUAUAAACCAACCGCUGAAUACGCGGAACGAACUAUCGAUCUCCUUCUUAACGAGGAGGAUUGUGAAUCAGCUGAAAUAUACGUGGAAAUAUAUUCCAGCGAAUAUCCAUCCCUUAUUCGGAGACUUUUCUCGUAUUACAAAGAGAAUCCAAAUAUCCCUGAUUGCCGCGAGAAGAUGGGAAGGUGCUUGGCUGGAAUUAAAAAUAGUGUUGUGGCUCUUGAAAUUUUAAAUCAAGUUCCAAAUGAUCUGAAAAUGAAAGAGACAAAUGACAGUUUGAAGAAUAUCAUUUAUCAUAAAAUUGACAAGUUUGAUAAUGAUGUUCUACAAAAGGCAGCACAACACAAAUUCAUCAAAUCUCUUGCUGGUGAUGAAUUCAGACCAGUUCGUAUAGAAGAAAGCGCGAUUUGUGAAGCCUGCAAUAGAGAUUUACAGCUAUCCCCUGGAAAUGUAACGUAUCUUCCGUCCGGCUAUGUAAUUCAUACCAGUUGCAUUAGAUAUCCAGGCUUAUGUCCCGUUACAAAUAUGAUCUUUAACGCUUAA